AAAUAUAACGUUAUUUGUCUUGUUUUUUGUCUCCACUUAUCUAAUUAUUAACAAGAACAUUGAAAAAAAAAAUAACAAUUUGGAUUUUUUACGCCAAACAAAACGUUUAAAUCGAGUUGGGGUUUUUCAUCGUCGUUGGCAACCCCGGUACAGUCAAUAAAAGGAAAUGUCAAGCUGUUAACCUUUCAAUUUCUGAUAAAAUUUGCCGUUUUCGUGUUUUUCAAGUGAUAAGAAUGGCGACAACGGUUGAAAAAGCUGCAAGUGUGCCAGAGCAUUGUCCAGGGACUGAGAGCGCCGAUGCCGGUAAAGCCUCAGCUUGUGCGGGGUGCCCCAAUCAGCAGAUUUGUGCUUCGGGGCCUAAGGGGCCCGACCCGGGGAUUCAACUAGUGAAGGAGCGACUCGAGCAAGUCAGGAAUAAAAUUCUAAUUUUGUCGGGGAAAGGGGGCGUGGGGAAGAGCACCGUCACGGCUUUGCUUGGCAGGAGUUUGGCCGCCGCUGAUAAGGAACGCAAUGUGGCUGUUUUGGACAUUGAUAUCUGCGGCCCCUCGCAGCCCCGUGUCCUGGGGGCCCUCAACGAGCAAGUGCACCAGUCGGGCUCCGGUUGGUCCCCCGUGUACGUCGAUGACAAUUUAUCGGUGAUGUCAAUCGGCUUCCUAUUGUCGUCCCCCGACGAUGCUGUCAUCUGGCGGGGCCCCAAAAAGAACGGCAUGAUCCGUCAAUUUCUCAGUGAGGUCGAUUGGGGCAACCUUGAUUACCUCCUAAUGGACACGCCCCCCGGCACUUCCGAUGAGCAUCUCUCAGCGUCGACUUACUUGUCUCAAGCGGGGCUCACGGGGGCCGUGAUUGUGACAACGCCGCAAGAAGUCGCGCUGUUGGAUGUCCGCAAAGAGAUCGAUUUUUGCAGGAAAGUCAAUAUCAAGAUUUUAGGGGUUGUGGAAAAUAUGUCGAUUUUUGUUUGUCCAUGUUGCAAGAGGUUGUCCGAGAUUUUCCCAGCGACCACAGGUGGGGCAAAGAAAAUGUGCGAGGAAAUGAAGGUCCCGUUUUUGGGGAGUUUGCCCCUAGAUCCCGUCAUUGCGAGGUAUUGUGAUGAGGGGAGGGACUUUGUGGGGGAUUUACCGAAUUCGCCGGCGGUGGAGGCAUUAAAUGGAAUUGUUACAAGGCUUGUGGAAAUUUGUGACUCAAACGAGGAGUAAUUUGAAGGUCGAAAAACAGUUCAGCGAAAGUUUAUUGUACGUUUUAAGAAUUUUAAUAAAGUUUAUUUUUUAAAAA